CCUGUCAGUUUCAAUCUGGAAUUCUGGCUACUCCAUUAUUGUUCUUCUUUGUCCCCAUUGAUAUUUCUUGGUCCUCGCUCGCCGCAUCUUGGACCCGCUAACCUUGCAGCUUCGUCUCUCUUCUUCUUUGACCCCUUCUCUCAGCCACUCGCUAUUCCUUCCCCACUUCGCCGAUUCCCUCUUCCCCCUCUGCCUCCUCCGCUUUCCAUUGCAGCACCGUCUCCGCCUGUUCAGAUCGACCACAACUGUUGUCUGGUUCGAUUGAGAUUGACAGUUGACAAUCGGCCGUAGUCUUGGAGACUUUAAGCUGCAACAGAUCAGCAAGCUCCGUGAUUCCUUCCAGCCUUUGUUUGGAUGGCCUCAGUUUUUCUGUAUCACGUAGUGGGAGAUCUAACUGUGGGGAAACCAGAGCUGGUCGAACUCUGUGAGACAGAGACUAUCGAGACAGCCAUAAGGGCGAUUGGAGAUUCCACUGAGUGUGGGAUUCCAGUGUGGAAGAGGAGACUGAGUUUAAUUGAAACCAGUGAGAUCAGGCAGCAAAGGUUUGUGGGUAUUCUUAAUUCUCUCGAUAUUGUCGCUUUCCUGGCUAGACAAGAAUGCCUAGAUGAUCAGGACAGGGCCAUGAAGACACCGGUUUCAGAGGUGGUUGUUCAGAAUAAUUCUUUACUGAAACAGGUCGAUCCUGCAACAAGGCUGAUUGACGCAUUAGAAAUGAUGAAGCAAGGAGUGAGACGACUUCUUGUCCCAAAGACCAAAGGUUGGAAGCGCGUAAGCAAGAGAUUCUCGAUGUUCUACAACGGAAGAUGGCUGAAGAGCCUUGAAACACCAAACAGCAGUACAAAUACACUGACCAUGAAUGCAUCAAACCUCCCUUCAUCUUCCUCCCCGCCAACUAUUCCCACCGACAAAUUCUGCUGCCUAUCAAGAGAAGAUGUCAUCCGCUUCCUCAUCGGCUGCCUCGGUGCUCUAGCUCCAAUCCCUCUCUCCUCCAUCUCCUCAUUGGGAGCCAUCAACCCAAACUAUAGUGUUGUUGACUCCUCCCUUCCAGCCAUUGAAGCAACCCAAAUGUCCCCUGACGACCCCAGCGCAGUAGCUGUCGUGGAGCCCGGGUCAUCGGAUGGACGGCAUAAGAUAAUUGGCGAGAUAUCGGCUUCCAGGUUGUGGAAGUGUGAUUACUUGGGAGCAGCGUGGGCUCUAGCGAAUCUCUCUGCUGGACAGUUUGUAAUGGGGGUGGAAGAUAACCAUCAUACUCCAAGAUCGUCUUUACCUGAUUUCUCGGUUGAUUUGAGUAGUAAUGGUGGUGGGGGAUCAAUGAGGGCUAGGAAGUUCAGUAGUAGGAGCGUUGGGUUUAAUGCUGCAAACACGAGCUUUGGAGCUGGUAGGAGCAUGUAUAGGGGAAGAAGUGCCCCUCUGACCUGCAAAGUGAAGAGUUCUUUAGCAGCAGUUAUGGCUCAGAUGUUGUCCCACAGGGUGACUCAUGUGUGGGUGACUGAAGAUGAUACAGAGGAUGUUUUGGUUGGGGUGGUUGGCUACGCCGAUAUUUUGGCUACUGUCACUAAACAUCCUGCUAAUGCUGUCUUGUCCGGAAGUUGAUUCUUCCUGCAUAGAGGGCUCACUGCUUUCUUUGCAUGUGUCGUCAAGUACAGAAUAAGAUUGAGGAUGUGGGACUUAAGGAUAAGGCGCUGUAUUACUUUUCUGUCUUCAUGCUGAAGAAAAAACUUGUAAGAUAUUCUUCCUCGGAACCAACAACUUUACUUCAAUGGUUGUGUUGUAUACAGAGCGAAGAUAGAAGGAUGAGGCUGUGGGAAGAAGUUUUUUUGUGAAAUUAUAAGGCGAAUUUCGGGUUUUAAAUAUUCAUGUUGAAUUUGUCUCCAUUGGAUGUAAGUCCCUGAGAAAGUUAUGAGUGAAUGUUCAGUAAUUUUCUGCUGCAGAUUGAGCAAUCAAAACUGCAAUGAGACUGAGUGAAUGUUCAGUACUUUCUUAGCAAUUCUGCAAUGCGACU